AGUCACCAACAGGACCUUCGGCGAGUGGAGUAGUAGCCUAAACGAACAACUGCAGCUCGACAUUUCCGAACUUGUGCGCUGAGCCUAUCGCCGUCUUCUCUAAAACAAUGGCUGAACGUCUGGAGGAACAUCUUCAAUGUCCCACCUGUCUGGACAUCUUCAAAGAUCCUGUCAUUCUUCCGUGCAGUCACAACUUCUGCCGUGCGUGUCUGCAGCAGUGGAAGGACGCAGGAGAACGAUCGUGUCCAGUCUGUUGGACAAAGUUUGGGUCAAUGGAACUGCCUUCGAACCUGACACUGAAGAAUCUUUGUGAGGACCUUUCACGAGCCUCAGUCAAAUCAGAAGACCUCUGCAGCUUGCAUGAGGGGAAACUUCAACUCUUCUGUUUGGACCACCAGGAGCUUGUGUGCCUCGUUUGUAGAGAUGCAGAAAUCCACAUUGGUCACACGUUCCAGCCCCUCGACGAAGUUGUGAAAGGUCAUCAUGAGGAACUCCAGAGAGGACUGCAGAAGGCCAAGGAAAGACUCCAAGAUUACAACGACUGUCGAGAGAACUUCAACGAACAGGCAGAGUACAUCAAAGUCCAGAGGGAGAAUGUCGAAGGCAAGAUUAAGAAGGAUUUUGAGGAGCUCCGUCGCUUCCUCGACGUCGAGGAGGAAGCCCGGUUGGCUGCGGUCAGGGAGGAAAAGAAGAAGAAGAGUCAGACGAUGAAGGAGAAGAUGGUGGCUCUCGACAGACAAAUGGCCGCUCUCUCGAAUUUCAUCAGAAGCACUGAGGAGCAGCUGGCGUCUGGCAAUGUUUCUUUCAUGAAGAAGUUCAAGACUGCGAUGAGCGGAAUCCAGGAGCUGCCUGAAAAGCCGCAUCUGCUGCCGGGAGGUCUGCUGGAUGAAGCAAAACACGUGGGCAACCUCAAGUUCAAGGUGUGGGAGCGGAUGAAGGAGACGCUCGCCUACAGUCCAGUCAUUCUGGACCCCAACACGGCCUAUCCAAACAUCAGUCUGUCUGAAGAUCUGAGCAGUCUGAGUCUGGAAGACAAACAGAAGAAGCGUCUAAACCAUCCAGAAACGGCCUAUCGAAAAAUCAGUCCGUCUGAAGAUCUGAGCAGUCCGAGGCGGGAAGACAGACAUCAGAAGCCUCCAAAUAAUCCAGAAAGGUUCCAGAAAAGGAUGAGUAACUGUGUACUGGGUGCUGCUUUGGACUCGGGAAGACACGUGUGGGACGUUGAGGUGGGAGACAACAAUGGCUGGUCAGUGGGGGUCGCGUGGGGGGACCCUUGUUUGCCAGAGGAAAUGAACACUUUGCUCAUUGAAUUUCGUGAUGGGAAAUACAAAAAACCCGGUGGCAAAAAUAGAGAAUGGAAUCCGCUGGUCAAAGUGCAGAGGAUCCGAGUUGAGGUGGACAUGAAAGAAAGGGCGGUGUCCUUCUCUGAACCUCUGGCAAACACCAAAUUGUGGAGCAAUAAGUGCCCAGAAGAAGAUUGGCAAGACUUGUCCUGUAACAUCAAAAUGUAUCCUUACUUUUUCACUAAAAGUACAAUUUCUCUAGAAAUAAUCCGCAUUCCACCUGUUGUUACGACUGCCAUCCGUUAGCGGUUAUGUUGACACGGCUUGAUUUUCUGCUUUUUAAUGUCAUCUCAAUCAUCUUUUUCCCACAUGAUUUGACUCUCACGUAUUGGCCAGGUCAUGUGAUUAAACUUUACUGGAGGCAAAAUAAUGAAGCAGUUAUUCAGCAUUUUUUUCUUCCAAUGCUUUUUGACUUGCGUGAAGACAGCUUUUAGUUUCAUGUGAGUAAUAUCAUUUGGGCGGAAUUCUACUCUUACUUGAGUUCAACUUUUGGCCACUCUUGUUAAAAUUGAUUUGCUUGUACAACUUUAAUACUUGUUUUACAAUCAUUCUUUAUUUGAAAAGUACUUUGAGUGUUUUGAUUUGAAAGAAAUGCUCACUCAUGCUUUAUCGAGUACAAUUUUUGACUUGUCGUUACAGUUGGAAAAAUAUAUCAGACACAAAUAACUAAAUACUUGAGACCUCCGUGAAGUUGGCCCCCCAUCAGACGCAAAUUUAUAUAAAAAUUAUGUCAAUCGCUUGUGCUAUAAUUGUGCUUGUUUGUGCUGCAAAAAGUUUCGUUUGUGCCAUCUAGGGCUGCAGCUAUCGAAUAUUUUAGUAAUCGAGUAAUCGACUGAAAAUUCUAUCGAUUAAUCGAGUAAUCGGAUAAAACAAAUAUAUUUUUAGGUGAAGAGCAAUUAUAAAUAUACAUGAGAAAAUAAGACCUUUCAUCUAAUCUUGAACCAUUUUCAGUCAAUCAAUGUCUUUAUUUUCGAUGUAUGUUGUUGAAAACAGCCAGCAAUUGC